AUGUCUUGGAAGCUACUACUAGCCAGUAUAGUGUUGCAUUUGAUUCUAAUUUAUUCGAUUUUCGAUGUCUACUACACAAGUCCAUUGGUUCAUGGAAUUCCGCCUCAUUCGAUUGCCAGCUCAGACCCACCAGCUAAACGAAUAUUCAUUAUAUCAGCAGGUAAUCAACCUUGUUCCAUUUGAGAAAUACUUAACUGAAGAUCUAUUGAGAUGGACUACGGUAUGACACCUUCAACAAGUAUCCGGAUAUGUCCCCCUUCCUUCAUUCAAUUAUGAACGACAGAAAAGUAAAAAAAGUGCAAGCGAAGUACAAGUCAGAAGUAAACUUUCAGGGAAUCUAUGGGCUGUCUCGGUCGCACGUUCCCACCGAAAGCCGCCCUGGCCACGUGGCAAUCUUCGCCGGAAUCACAGAAGAUAUGAGUGCAGUGGCGAAGGGAUGGAAGAAAAAUCCGGUCCGCUUCGACAGUGUUUUCAAUCGGUCUUCGCACAGUUGGAUGUGGGGUAGUCCGGAUAUUGUGAAUCUGUUCGACGACCUUCCAAAUGCCGAUUCGUUCUUCUAUUCUGCCGAAGAAGAAGACUUUGCCUCUUCCGACGCUUCCAAUCUGGACAAAUGGGUAUUCGAUCAUUUCGAAGUGAGUGUUUCAAGAUUUUCAAGUAAUCAUUUCUCUGUUCAGACUUUUAUCAGCAACGCAAAAACUGACGAAAAGAGGAAAAGCGAGCUGAAUGAGCCGAAAAGUGUGUUCUUCCUUCAUCUUCUGGGCAUUGAUACGAACGGUCAUGGGAACAAGCCGAGAAGUAGACAAUACAUCGAAAACAUCAAAGGUAAACAGAAACAGAAUACGAAUCAAAUCAAAAGAAAACUUUCCAGUUGUCGAUUCCGGAAUCGAAAGAGUUCACAAGUUAGUGGAAGAGUUUUUCGGUGACCAAAAGACGGCCUGGCUGUUCACUUCCGACCAUGGAAUGACUGACUGGGGAUCUCAUGGCGCGGGGAGCGAUGAAGAGGUGCACACUCCGUUCGUUGCCUGGGGAGCUGGCGUGAAGAGGGGCGGCCCGAAACCGGACAUCCAUCAGAUCGACUUGGCUCCACUCAUAUCGUCGCUGAUCGGCAUUCCGAUUCCAGUCAAUUCAAUGGGGAUCCUUCCCGUCCAGAUGAUGAGCUCUCACAGUACCAGUUAUGAAUUCAAAGCCAUUGAGGCCAACUUUCGCCAGGUGAGUUCCCUGUUCUGACUGUACUUUUCAAAGUUUUCAUUUCAGUUGAAAGAGCAAAUCGUGUUCCUCAAAAACGCGAAAUCGAGAAGAUUCUGGUUCCGUCAGUUCGAAAAGUUCGGAGACAAAGCAAUGGAAUCUCUGCGGACGACUCUUUCCAAAUUGGGAAAAGACCGCAGGUUCAGUGUGGCCACGUCGCUGUUCGCCGACAAUGCCCAUCUUAUGAAAGAGGCGAUCGUGUUCUACCAUCGAUACGACCGUCAGAUGCUCGGAGGAGCGGUCAGUUGCACGUUUGUCGCGUGGAUUGCGUUGGUGAUAUCGUUUCUAUACAAGUGAGUAUUUAAAUAAAGGUGAAAAGAAAGAAAGUAUUCCACCGGUUUUCUUGCAGUCCAUCGUUUGGCAAGGUCUCCGAACUGCUCGUUCCUCGGCGCUUCUUCGUCCCUCCUCUUCUCUUCUGCUUGGUAUUCUCGGCGUACUGCUCGCUCAGUCUCACACAGACUGUCUAUGUAAUAUUGCCUGUAUAUCUGGUCGCACUGCUCGAAAAUCAUUCAAAGCUUUCGAAAGUAAUCAGGGAACGUGUCUCAGAACUGAUCCGGCAACCAGAUUGGCACAACAAGUUAUUCUCCUCCGAUAUGUUCGUCAAGCCGUUCGUCGGAUUUGUCGGUUUCAGUAAGCUUCUUCCGUUUCUUAAUAUUCUCCAGCAAUUCUUGCCUUUUCAGCCGUCACAAUAUGUGUUUUCGUGCUCACAUUCAUAAACCGAGGCUUCUUAGCUGCCGUUUUCCUUCUUCUUAUCUUCCUUCCUCAGUUCUACUCCCAUCCGAUCGUCUCCUAUUGGUAUCACAUUCACCCCGCCUUUGGUUCUUCAUGGAUUUCAGGUCAAAAACGUGGAUGCUCAUGUGCCUGGUUCUGAGCAUAUUUCCGUUCCUUCCGGCCGUCGGAGUGUCCACUCACAUCCCUCUAUGCAUCAUUUCCUCUCUUCUCGUCGCUUUUGCCUGCCGCCGUCUCUCGAAACGUCCGUGCUUGGCGCGAAUCGGUCAGAUGCUUGAAAUUAUGGUUUAUGUGCAUACUUCCACAGCCGUAUUCAUUUUCAUUGUCAACUAUGGAUUUGAAAAGGUAUUCUUUACACGCGCUCGUUAGUUGUACCGGCUACUUUCAGCUUCCACCGGUCGCCCGUUGGGUGUCUUGGCUCUCGAUCCCUCUCUCCGUCGUGGCUCCGUGCUUCCUGUCCGGACCGUAUCUCGUCGACCGUCUCAUCGCAUAUUCUCUCUGCUUCUACGUGAGUUCUCCUAGCACCUCUCUCCCUCAAUUCCUAUUCCUUUCAGGUUCCCUAUUCGCUUCUUUCCAUCUCAUACGAAUCUUUGUUCGUUCUCUUCUUCCUUGUCAUUCUCGCUCUCUUCCUCCGAUUCGAGUUUGGCCAUCUCUCGGAUGUGGAGCUGCUGCAAUUGAGAAUUGAUUCCAAUAAAAGUAAUCAGCAAGUUUUCAAAUUCGGUUCCUCAAUUCCAAUCUUUUUCAGUAUCUACGGGAGCUCACGUAGAGCUCCGUCGAGCCGUCGUGUGCGUCUCUUUCGUGUUGUGCACUCUGUUUGGAACGGGCAACUUCGCCUCGAUCAACUCUUUCAAUCCUUCCACUCUCAACCUCUUCAUCUCCGUCUUCAGCCCCUUCACAAUGGCGAUUCUGCUCGUUCUCAAACUGUUGAUCCCGGUCCUUCUGGUCUCUUCGACGUUCGCUGCGAUCGUCCGAUUCGAUCCCGAAUCCAUACAACGACUAUGCUGUUUCGUUCUCAUUUUCACUGAUUUCAUGUCAAUGGUAACUGUUUUCCAGCGAUUCUCUCCAAUGUUUCAUUCGAUUUCAGUGCUUCUUCCAUCAACUUCGCGACGACGGCAGUUGGCUAGACAUCGGAAUGAGCAUCUCGCAGUUCAUCGUAUCUAUGUGUAUUUCGCUCGCUCUUCUCCUCCUUCUCUCUUUGUCCAGUUCUUUGUUGGCAAUAGAAUUCCGAAGGCAUCCCGCUGCCCACCAUCAAGAGAUCGAGUCAGUCAGCCGAGCGAAACUGUCGGAUGACGAAUCUGCCUAA